AUGAGGAGCGGCGCCGAGCGCAGGGGCAGCAGCGCCGCGGCGCCCCCCGGCUCGCCGCCCCUCGGCCGCGGGCGCCUCGCCGGCCCCGACGCGCCCCCGGCCCCGCCGCCGCCCGCCGCCGGCCAGCCCCGAGCCCGGGACUCCAGCGAUGCCCGCGCGCAGCCGCGCCCCCUGUUUCAGUGGAGCAAGUGGAAGAAGAGGAUGGGGUCCUCCAUGUCGGCGGCCGCCGCGCGGAGGCCGGUGUUUGACGACAAGGAGGACGUGAACCUGGACCACUUCCAGAUCCUGCGUGCCAUCGGGAAGGGCAGCUUCGGCAAGGUGUGCAUCGUGCAGAAACGGGACACGCAGAAGAUGUACGCCAUGAAGUACAUGAGCAAGCAGCAGUGCAUCGAGCGGGACGAGGUCCGCAACGUGUUCCGGGAGCUGGAGAUCCUGCAGGAGAUAGAGCACGUCUUCCUGGUGAACCUCUGGUACUCCUUCCAGGACGAGGAGGACAUGUUCAUGGUGGUGGACCUGCUGCUGGGCGGGGAUCUGCGCUACCACCUGCAGCAGAGCGUGCAAUUCUCGGAGGACACGGUGAGGCUGUACAUCUGCGAGAUGGCGCUGGCCCUCGACUACCUGCGCGGCCAGCACAUCAUCCACAGAGAUGUGAAGCCCGACAACAUUCUCCUGGAUGAGCGAGGACACGCACACCUGACCGACUUCAACAUCGCCACCAUCAUAAAGGACGGCGAGAGGGCGACCGCGCUGGCCGGGACCAAGCCGUACAUGGCUCCAGAGAUCUUCCAGUCUUUCGUCAAUGGUGGGACUGGCUACUCCUUCGAGGUGGACUGGUGGUCGGUGGGGGUGAUGGCCUACGAGCUGCUGCGAGGAUGGAGGCCCUAUGACAUCCACUCGAGCAGCGCUGCGGAGUCGCUGGUGCAGCUGUUCAGCACCGUGAGUGUCCAGUACGUGCCCGCCUGGUCCAAGGAGACGGUGGCCCUGCUGCGCAAGCUGCUCACCGUGAACCCCAAGCACCGAGUGUCCAGCCUGCAGGACAUGCGGGCGGCCCCUGCUCUGGCCGGCGUGCUGUGGGCCGAGCUGAGCGAGAAGAAGGUGGAGCCUGGCUUUGUGCCCAACAAAGGCCGCCUGCACUGCGACCCCACCUUCGAGCUGGAGGAGAUGAUCCUGGAGUCGCGGCCGCUGCACAAGAAGAAGAAGCGUCUGGCCAAGAGCAGGUCCCGGGACAGCAGCAGGGACAGCUGCCCGUCGGAGAAUGAUUACCUUCAGGACUGCCUUGAUGCCAUCCAGCAGGACUUCGUGGUUUUUAACCGAGAGAAGCUGAAGCGGAGCCAGGACCCCACGCCCGAGCCCAGGGACGUGGCGGAGGCCUUGGCGGACAGCGAGGGCGUGCGCCCAGCCCUGCCUGCCUGCAGCGCCAUCUGCCCCUCAGCCGGGAGCAGCUAG